CGUCCACGCUAUCACACCAGAAUCCAGAAGCCUUAUCCUGCUGCCAUUGCCAACGCCGAGAACAAGAUGCGCCUCCACUAGUGUUCCAUUCCAUGUCGACACAAAGCGGCCGAGAUUCAGAUUCGGCUGCACUCGUCCUCGCCUUCUUAAGGCCGUCCAUGCAAGCGAACCGAGCUCCAACCAAGAGCAGUCUCUCACGGUCUAGUUCGCUCUCGCCAACGCGAUGGCGACGCCUGGCCGCCGGCCGUCGGCGCAGCAGCAGCCGCAGCCGCUGACGGUGGACUUCGAGGCGCUGAGCUACAUCAGCAGGCUCGUGGAGGCUUUCCAGGCGUUCGACUCCGACAACGACGGCCUCGUCACUGCCCCCGAGCUCCGGGGCCUCCUGGCCUCCCUGGGCCUCGACAAGUCGGAGGCGGAGGCGCGGGACAUGCUGGCGCGCGCCGACGCCGACCGUGACGGCCGGCUCUGCGUGGAGGAGUUCCUGGACGUGAUGAACGCCGGCGAGCUCGGCCUGGGCGCGCUCGGCGAGCUGCUGCAGGCCGCCGUCCCGGCGCUGGAGUCCUUCGCGGGGCCCGACGGCGCGCUGGGCGCCGACGAGCUCGCCAGGGUGCUGGGGCUCAUGGGCACCGCCAGCGCCGAGGACUGCGCGGAGAUCAUCGCGUGCAUGGACGGGGACGGCGACGGCGCCAUCAGCGUCGAGGAGUUCAAGCUCAUGGCUGACCUGCUCUAGGGUCGAGCUGCGUACGUACUGAGCCAGCUAGAGCGCGUGCAUAAACAUGAAGUUGUGCACUGCCUACUGCGAUGUACAGUAAUGAUUAUCGAUUAAUAAGCAUAUAAGCACGUUCGGAGAGUUGUGGGCACUGUUUCUGCACCGGGCUGGAGUACCAUAAAAGGAUGGAUACAUGAGAGUUUCUGAUGUCUUGCAA